CUGCUUUCCUGUUUGCAUUUUGUCUUGUUCAGGUCGAUCGGUGGAGGAGGUGGUCUGGAAAAUGGCUGACGGAGUUGAUCACAUCGACAUCUACGCCGAUGUUGAAGAGGAUUUCAACCAGGAAUCAGACUACCCUGCCCAUGACCAGAUAGACUUGUAUGACGAUGUUAUCUCUCCUUCGGCCAAUAAUAACGGAGACGCACCUGAGGACCGGGACUACCUGGACAACCUACCCCCACCUGCUGGCUCCGAGGGGAACAAGAGCACCCCGCCCAACGUGGUUUACACGUACACUGGCAAGCGGAUCGCCCUGUACAUAGGCAAUCUCACAUGGUGGACAACAGACGAAGAUUUGACAGACGCCAUUGGAUCAAUAGGCAUUAAGGAUCUGCUGGAGAUCAAGUUCUUUGAGAACAGAGCCAACGGCCAGAGUAAAGGGUUUGCCCUGGUGUGUGUGGGCUCAGACACGUCCUCUAGGAAGCUACUGGACCUGCUGGCUAAACGGGAGCUCCACGGACAGAACCCCAUUGUUACCCCCUGCAACAAACAGUCCCUCAGCCAGUUCGAGAUGCAGUCUCGGAAAAGCCCAGGUACAUCGGGUGGGCAGAUGUCCGGAGAUGGGAAGGCGGGACCCCCCACCAUGGGCCCCCGCGGUGGCUUCCCCAUGGGCAUGGGUAGGGGCCGAGGCCGCUUCCCCGGGCCUCCUGGUCCUGGAGGAGACCGCUUCCCUGGGCCCAUCGGACCCGGAGGGCCCCCGCCUCACUUCCCAGGGUCGGGGAUGAGGCCACCUGAACUCAUUAACCAUAGACACCAAGAAGGCCACCUGAUGGAUAUGAAUUUCAAUUGCUUCCCGCCGGGACGUGAUGGGAAUUGGCGACCCAGAGGUGGUAUGCAGGGCCCACCUCGACCCCCUCCUGGCCCACUAGGUCCCCCUGGACCCCUAGGCCCCCCUCCCCCAGGACAGGGCCUCCCCCCUCCCAUGCAAGGCCCCCCCAACCGUGGCGACCGCCCCCCACCCCCGGUCAUGUUCCCCGGCCAGUUCGGCCAGCCCCCCAUGGGUCCUCUCCCCCCUGGCCCUCCCCCACACGGCUUCGGCCCUCCUCCUGGCCCCCCACCUCCCCAACAGGGCCCUCCACCCCCGGGUCAUUUCCCUCCUCGCCCCCCCGGGCCCCUUGGACCACCUCUGGCCCUCGCUCCCCCACCACACAUGACUGGGCCCCGACCUGGAGGCCCCCCACCGGCUCCCCAUGUCAACCCAGCGUUCUUCCCUCCUCCUGGGGGUCCUAACAACAUGGGGGGCCCUCCUGGAGGAGACGGCAGGGGCCCCAACGGGCCCAACGACCCCUAUGGACGGCCACCUCCGUAUGACCGGGGAGACUUCGGACCCGCCGGCAGUAACCAGCGUCCCCCGCUAAUCUGUGAGUUUGACCUCAGGGCCCCCCUGCCCCGCGGCUGCCCAGACCCCUGGAUUAACGAGGGUUUGGUCGAUCUGAAAAAUGGCGGCCAGCACUUGCACAAUGCGAGUGACCCAGGGGAGAUGGAGUCGGCGCGGACACCGCUGAGCGAGGCAGAGUUUGAGGAGAUCAUGAACCGGAACCGAGCCAUCUCCAGUAGUGCCAUCUCUAGGGCGGUGUCAGAUGCUAGCGCUGCUGACUACGGCAGUGCCAUAGAGACUCUGGUGACAGCCAUCUCUCUGAUCAAGCAGUCCAAGGUCUCUGCUGACGACCGUUGUAAAGUCCUCAUCAGCUCUCUACAGGACUGUCUCCACGGCAUCGAGAACAAGUCCUACGGCUCUGCCUCCAGUUCUGCCCCUAAAAGACGCGAGAGGUCGAGGGAGCGUGACCACAGCCGAUCCCGGGAGAAGAGCCGGCGCCACAAGUCCCGUAGCCGCGACCGCCACGAGGACUACUACCGCGAACGCAGCCGGGAGAGAGAACGGCACCGCGGGGACAGAGAACGAGAACGUGAAAGAGACCGUGAGAGGGAGUACCGACAUCGUUAGCGGAGCCUACGGAAGAGGACAGGGACGAGGACGCCUCUUCACAACCAGCAGGCCCUACAUCAGGAUCGCCUUGUCAACUAGUCCCCCCCCCCCCCCUCUGUCUGUGUCUCCAUGGUUACCAGGGGACUGACUACCUGGGAAUCGCUCACAGCUGUGUAAGGCUAUAAGUAGUGUUCUUUAAAAUCAUUCUCAUGGUAUAAAAAAAAACUACUCAACAGCUAUUUUUAUUUUACUGAAAUUUUAUUUGAUGUGAACGAAAAAAUUAUUACCUACCUGUGUUGACAGGCUUCUUUCAAGCUUUGCGAAAAUAACAAAUGACUACAUUUGCCUGCUCUAUUCCAAAACGGACAACUUUUGACUGCUAUAAUGUGUACAUUUUGUCAGGUUAAGAGCUGAUUUUUACAGGGAGGUUUUUUUGUUGGUUUUUCGUCUUCAUUUCCUCUCGUGCCCCUCCCUACUUUUCUCGUUAGGAUAAUGUUUGUAAAUGUCUCUGCUUUGAAUAUUAAAAUAGAUUCUGUGUUGUAAUAAACUUGUUUACUGGGGUUUUGACACUUAAUAAUAAUUUACAUGUGUAUGUUUUUCCCUGCAUACAUUUUUCAUGUUGAAUUUGACGAAAUAGUUCUUUUAAAUUUACUCUCACUUAAGUUGCAAAGUUGUGCUGUUAUUGACCAAAUGAAGCACGGUUGACCAAAAAAUUGUAUUUGUCCCGAUGCCCAGAAUUAGUGAAUUUAGCGUUAACUACUUAUGCAUUGAAUGAUCAUGUGACAGAUAUUUUAAUCUUUGACUUAUCAGUUUGUUCUAAAAGUUCUACUUAAAAUGUAGCUACUUGUUGACAAACGUUUGUUUUUAGUCUCAGUAUACUUCUGUUUGCCAUUUGAAUUCCAAAGGUGAAAAUCCAUGUCUUUUGCUAAGUGAUUUUAGAGGUAUUCAGGACUUGAUUAUACUUGGAAAAAACUAUAUUAUUUUAUUUUUCUUGAUUUUCAUUUUUUUUUUUUUUUAUGUUACCAGGAAGUACAUUCCAAGGGUUCAUUACUCUAAUAUUAUUGACACAAGUAGAACAAAAUUAUUGACUUCUAUGGAAUUAUUUUAGUGAUAGAUCAACCUUCACAGAUCUGUACAAUACGACUACUGUGAACCGAAUUGGUCUCUUAUCUGCAAACUUGUGCUCUGAUUGGCUGGCUGAUGUACUGCACUGAUUUCUUAUUGAGUUGCUUAUAUCCCACUGGUUUAGGCCAGUGAGGGUUGUAGCCUGGUCCCAGAUCUGUAUAUACUACUUCUUAUUGAGUUCCUUGUCCCACUGGUUUAGGCCAGUGAGGGUUGUAGCCUGGUCCCAGAUCUGUAUAUACUACUUCUUAUUGAGUUGCUUAUCCCACUGGUUUAGGCCAGUGAGGGUUGUAGCCUGGUCCCAGAUCUGUAUAUACUUUGGCAGAGUCUUGACUCAUUGUCUUGUCAACAUUGAAUAGCAAUAACAAUGCUAGACUAGUUGGCUAAAACGCAUACAGACCUGAGUGGUAUACUACAAAGCAGGACCAAUGUGUUAGCCAGAAAAUUUGCUUAAAUAAUUUUUUGGGGGGGAAAAGAAGCUUGACUCCAUAAGCAAAAAUGCAUAUCUAAGUUCGGCUUUUCUUAAUGAGCCAGAAAAUCACAUGGUUAUCAAAGUUAGCUGGCUAAUGCAUUGGUCCUGUUUUGUAGGAUCCCCUUCUGGGACCAGGCCAUGGGGCUGGGUAUAGUUGAUUACAGUAGUAAUGAGGGUCUGGGACAAGGCUGAGGGGCUGGGUGUAGUAAAUGGUUGAUUACAGUAGUAAUGAGGGUCUGGGACAAGGCUGAGAGGCUGGGUGUAGUAAAUGGUUGAUUACAGUAGUAAUGGGGGUCUGGGACUGAGCCAAGGGGCUAGGUGUAGUAAAUGAAUUGGGAUUACAGUAGUGAGGGUCUGGGACAAGGCUGAGGGGCUGGGUGUUGUAAAUGGGGAUUACAGGAGUGAGGGUCUGGGUGUUGUAAAUGGAUGGGGAAUUACAGUAGUGAGGGUCUGGGACAUGGCUGAGUGGCUGGGUGUAGUAAAUGGAUGGGGAUUACAGUAGUGAGGGUCUGGGUAUUGUAAAUGGAUGGGGAUUACAGUAGUGAGGGUCUGGGUGUUGUAAAUGGAUGGGGAUUACAGUAGUGAGGGUCUGGGACAUGGCUGAGUGGCUGGGUGUAGUAAAUGGAUGGGGAUUACAGUAGUGAGGGUCUGGGUAUUGUAAAUGGAUGGGGAUUACAGUAGUGAGGGUCUGGGUGUUGUAAAUGGAUGGGGAUUACAGUAGUGAGGGUCUGGGACAAGGCUGAGUGGCUGGGUGUAGUAAAUGGAUGGGGAUUACAGUAGUGAGGGUCUGGGACAAGGCUGAGGGGCUGGGUAAUUGUAAAUGGAUGGGGAUUACAGUAGUGAGGGUCUGGGUGUUGUAAAUGGAUGGGGAUUACAGUAGUGAGGGUCUGGGACAAGGCUGAGUGGCUGGGUGUUGUAAAUGGAUGGGGAUUACAGUAGUGAGGGUCUGGGACAAGGCUGAGUGGCUGGGUGUAGUAAAUGGAUGGGGAAUUACACUAGUGAGGAUCUGGGACAAGGCUGAGGGGCUGGGUGUAGUAAAUGGAUGGGGGAAUUACAGUAACGAGUAUUCAAGUGAGGUGUCCAUUUUGUAAAGCAUGAGAGCACAAUCCUUCCCUGGCUUCUCAGGGUCUGUCCACUGACUGGUCUGCCAGAUUAAAAUAACUGAUAUUGAUGCCUGUUUUAAGGCGGUAAAACCUACCUCCUCUACUCCUAUGUAUUUUCUAAAUGGCGCUGAUAGACAUUAGUGGUGCUCUCCUGCUUGCAUUGUGUUGACACUCUAAAGAUAGAUAUUUAGGUGGUUAUUGUGGCUAGAAUCAUUCACUGAAACGAAUGCUCCAGUCAACUAAACAUAUAUUUUUAUUUGAAUUUUAUUGGUUAGACAUUAUUGGUUAGACAUUACAUCCAACUAUUGGCACAUAAAUAUCUCCAAGUUUUUAUCAAUAUUGCCCACUAGCUACAACGAGCAUUUUGAGGACUUAACAAUGUGUUUGACAUGGAAUGUUAUUGAAUGGAACCUUUAGUGAAGUUCACCUUCAGGUAAAGUUCGCAUGACAGACACUUCGGUUUUUUUUAUACGUGGAACUUUUGUAUUGCAUUUUAUUGUAUAAAUGCACUGAGAUAUUGAAUAUGGUGUAAAGCAUUCAUAAUGCUCUAUGUAGCUAGUAUACCAUGUUUAUUGUGCUAAUGGACAGGUUAUCAAUGCUUUGUUACCUAUUCGCAGAUCAUUACGAAUAGCUUUCCAGCCCCAACGUCUUUUCAAACCGGUUGAAUAUUUGAGUGGAGCUGGUUUGAUACGUCAAUACUGUACAUAUAUACGCAGUCGACAAGUGUUACUCAUGCUCAAUUAGUGUUGUCAUUUUGUACAUAUAAUAAUGCAUCCAUCUUAGAUAUUACCUUCAAAUACUUUUUACAAUCAGAUCCAGAGUUUUACCUGAUCAAUUUCUCUCUCAGACGUGUUCAGGAAAUGGAACUUUUUUUUAAAGGUGCACUGUCUUGUUUUGAGUGGUUUCAAUAAACUAGUUUCCUCCGUCUUUGAUGUCGGGUCUCCGUGAACCAUUAGGCCAAAUGUUACUGUUCCUGACAUUGCUGAUUUGGCUUCAUCAAAUGUCCACUUAAUCAAUAGAAUGCAAUGUAUAAAGGCUGGAAUAAGACCGGAGGAUAUUACUGAGGUCUGUAUUUUUUCUGUUUUGUGAAAAUAUUAUAACGGUCUAAUUUACUCAAACUUAAAACCAUGUUUUUUUUCUCAGGUAGGAUUCACACGAUAAAAAAAUGGGAAACUAGUUAUUUUCUUUAUUUAUAUAUUUACUCAUAGUUACACUUACACCAAAUGCUGAAUUGUACAGUAGGCUGUAGUUCUUUUUGCCCUGAUUUAAUUUACAGCUCCAUGACAUUCACCCGAAGGUAAGUCGUCGGUUCCAGAUCCAUGAAGAAUGACAGCUGCACAUUUUCUGAAAUAGUUGCUAUUCAAUAUACUUAAUGUAUUCCUCUUCGCGUUAUAGCAAAGUAAGGAAAUCAUUAAAGUGAUGGAACUACAAUUACAUGGAUAAUUGUUAUCAAAUAUACAAGAUAAAUGUCUCAAUCAGACAAGAUUGAUUAUUGCAUUAUUACACUGCAGACUAAAACACUGUCGAUGUGUGUUUAUUUCAGGUUAUAUUGCUAUUUUAAUUAUAUGAUUUAUUAGACUAUUUGCUGUAAGAAAAAAGGCAGUAGGUUCUCUGAGUUUGUACCACCUUGUGCCUUCUCAAAAAAUAAAAUAAUCGAAACUA